AUCUUGGGACGGAUACGCAUCGUACCAGCAUCGCCAUCAUACUUUACAGCCACGCCGCGAUAUACCGACGACUUGUUAGAGCUGACGGCGUUGUUGCGAAGACAUACAACGCUUCCCAUGCUACCUCCGGGAGAGGCGCCGAGAGUCGCAUGGAAAACGAUCGAUCAGUACAAAGCUGAAGUUGCUGAGCCUAUCAGAGCGAAAAGCUACAAGAUGCUACUGGAACUACUAAAGAGAUUGAACUACAUUCAUCCUUCCCUGAUACCUGACGAAGUGUCGCAGGCAUUGGAGAAAUUCAAGAAGCUUGUCCAGCCACACCACAACGCAGCGAAGCCUAUUCUUAUCGAUAAAUGGGGACGAGCGAAAGCAGUUGGGAAGAGGAAGUCUAGCAUGGCUGUUGUAUUUGUGGUGGAAGGGGACGGCCAGGUCAUGGUCAACGGACGAUCCUUGACAGAUUACUUUGGACGAUUACACGACCGAGAAACGGCGAUUUGGGGGUUGAAAGUGACCCAGAGAAUAGACAAAUACAACGUAUGGGCGUUGGCGAAAGGAGGUGGAACCACAGGCCAAGCAGAUGCCAUCGCAUUGGGUGUUGCGAAGGCAUUGCUUGCGCAUGAACCUGCUCUAAAGCCAGCACUACGACAAGGUGGCGUUAUUACUCGCGAUCCCAGACGUGUGGAAAGAAAGAAGCCUGGAAAGCUCAAGGCCAGAAAGAUGCCUGCUUGGGUGAAGCGAUAG